GUAUUAUAAAAAUUGUUAAUUGAAAAUGUGUAAAUUAUACAAACGUAUUGUAAAAAAAUACGAUACAUAUGAUCGAGAGCUUUUGUUAAUUUUGCAAAUAGAAAGAUCUCAGAACAAAGUCGCGAUUGUGGUUUUCCUCAGAGGUUUACGAAAUAAUCACUGAUUAUUGUCCAUCGAUAAUAGAAGCGAAAUGGAAGAUGGUGCUGUGAUUGUACGGACGCGGAUGAACGCAUUUCUUAUCUAUAAAAGAAGCGUUAUCCAUUUUUGAUCAUAUUUAUCGAAUCGCUGGUUAUAACAAUCCGCGUCAUGUAUGACAUCGAGUUAUUUUAUGUGCGGAAUAGACAUGAUUAUCUUUUUCUUCCAAUCAGAAAUUCCCGAUCACGAAUUUUUAUCUGUAUCUAUCAUUACUAAAUAUAGCAACAAACUGUAUAUACAAUGAUUUUCAUUAUAAUUUAUAAACACAAUUCCUUUUUAUAUAUUACUAAUAUAGAUAAACGCAAAUAUUAUUCGGGUCCCGAUAUUCGAAAACUAUUAUAUUAAAAUCUAUAUUUAUGUGCGCGACACGCAUUACAAGUAUGCGUUAAGAAACUUCAAAAAUAAUCUUAAAUGCUACGCGUUCACAUGGAGUGAAAUAUUUAAUUUCAUAUCUUUCCCAACUAUUCACGAUGACAGUGAAUUUUAUGCCCUUGACAAGACUUGUCGGGGUGAAUUAAUGAACGAAGGUGAGAAGAUGUUGUAACCCAAGCUUGAUUGGAGCACAAAAAAGGAGUAGAUUAGCGACGACUUUGGCUAAAGCGUCAAUGGUUAAAUGAGUAUACGUCAAUGGCUAAAUGAGCACGAGACAGGAAACACUAUUCAGAAAAAAAUAGCGUCAAGGAGACUAGAAAUUAUGUCAUUAUGAUAAAAUUGUUUCUUUUUUUUUUCAGAUAAAUUAACCCGUAAGAAAUCUGGUAAUUUCGAAUUAAUUUGAUUUAAUUUCAAGAAUCCUUUUUUAAAAACUUGGCAUAUAUAUUUAUGUAUUUUUACAUUUUCUUUUCUAUCUCAAUCGCGUGGUAAUCUAUGCAAUUUAACAGCGACGCGAUACACAAGAUGCAAAACAUGAUACGAUACGUUAUAACGAAUGAGCGGGGACUUUGCCAAUCCCUCAAUUGACACGAUCUUUGUUUUUAUUUGUCUAUUCGACUCUUCUAAGCCAUUUUAAAUAUCUGAGUUGUGGAAUAAAUUACUGAGAGAAUAUUAAAUACUUUAACGAAGGUGUAAUACACGUGUUUCUUAUCUUUCAAAUUCCGCGUAUCGCAUCACGAUGAUACUUCUUCUUUGAGCUGCAACUUAAAUAAGGUGACAAGCGGAAGCUUUCGGAGUUGUUGAAGAUAUCCUGCGCCACAGAAUCGUCUUCGAAUCGCAUUACAACGGCGGGAACGCGUGUGGCUUUCAUCGCUACCGAUCAUUCUGAUCCGUGAUAGCACUGCGAUGAGAGGCGAUUAUAACGCAUAAGAGGGGGAGGAGGAGAUCAGAGAGAACGAGGGAGCAAAAGAGAGCGGUACCACGGGUACUCCGUGCCGGUGGUCCGCCGCGCGAGCGACGACGCUGCUCGCGAUAAUGCGAUAGUGUUGGUCCGCACGUUUAGCGGCUAAGCACAGUUGAUAAAAGAUAGCAGUUGUACCGAAGACAAGUCAGUACUCACCCCGCUGCUGCCGAUCGACGGAUCUAUUCGAUUUCGUCGGUCCUGAGCGCAUGAACGGGGGUUGGAUCUGACAGCGCAGCUCCUUCGCAUCGUCUCGAUGAAGGUCCUUGUGUGUUGAAAUUUAAUAUAUUUUGUGCAGUUAUAUUUGCAUAAUUUAAUCUGAGAAACACGAAAAAGUGUUUUUCAUCGUGAAUUCAUCAUUGGAAGAAACUUCGUUUUCAAGUAUCGUUGGAGAAAUUUACGUUUUUUUUUUCACGCAGAGCGCUGAAAGAGUUAGCUAAGAACGCAAAAGUGUACAAGAUAAAUAUUUUUACCCCAUCGAGAGCAUACAAUUGUGUGAGCAUGAGUGUGUCACGAUGACGAUGACAGACUGAUUUUGACAAAUAAAUCGAACUAAGAUCAAGAGACGGACGUCGUCGAAGAAUGCCAGGAAGAAAACGUCGAACGCAUUUGAACACGUCGCCUCUCGUUUUUUAAAACUGAUUACGCAUUUUUUUUUCUUCUUAGUCUCUCUUUCUCACUUACAUGAUAGUUGAUAAUCUCGAAACAAUGCAGAAUGACCAGCGGUGCGACUACUAAAUUCGAUCCGGAUUGGGUAAGAAUGGUCGAAUUGCGCGCGGCUAGUGCCGGGAUGACCGGGGGCCUAGACAGCAGAUCCUCGAAUCGUCUGCACUACGCCAUCCUGACGAUUCUGGACACGAUUUUCUCCGCGUUCAUGAUCGCGCCUGCGGUGGUCGGUUACUGGCGCGGUACCUGGGAGCUCAGCGACUUCUAUGUCUAUCCAAACGAGCCGGUGUUGAGCAGCUUCGCAUCGAUCGCGAUCGGCUUCACCGGUAUCUUCGUCUUCAACGUGCUGCAACACAAUCUGGUCGACGUCCUCCAUCCAGAUAAACAUCGACUAUCCUAUUAUCUCGGCUCGCGGCUCUAUACCAGCGUGUUCGGCCUAUGUUGCGUGAACGCCUGGCGCGGCAUCUUUAAGGCCCUGGACAUCUACACGGAGCAGACACCCGGCACCAUCGUCGCCACGACCGCCGUCAGUCUCCUCGCACUCGGCAUCAUGCGCGCGAUCCGCAACGUGUCCGCGCCACCGUUUUCGCUCGUUCUCGACUCGUGUCCGGGUUACUUCGAAGUACAAACUAUGUUCCGCGUCAACAAUACAAGGGACUGGUCAUUGUACUUACUGGAUUGUGCCUUUAGCGUCGGUGUUGUUGGCACGUUGGUUGUUUUCGUCUGGAGAGGUGUUUGGAUCCUCUUCGAUAUUUAUCUAUUUCCGGAAAAUCCCAAAUAUUCUGCCGUUGGCUCACUGGCUAUCGGCUAUUUUAUAGUCGCCGUGACGUUUUGUCUGCAACCGCUGAUGCGAUACGUCUGUGCGCGUCUUCAGGGUCUGGUUCUCUUAGUAGUCGCGGACGCUUUUCUCCUUCUAAGCUUCCUGGGGACCGUGAAUGUCUGGCGCGGCAUAUGGAAUGCGCUCGAUCUGUGGCUGUUGCCGGAUAAUCCGGAAUUAUCCUGCUGGAUCACCCACAUCGGCUGUUUCGUUUUUCUCGUCCUCCUUAAUUGUAGCAACACCAUUCUUGUACGUGGCGUUUACAUCGAUGCCGAGGAAGAUGCAGGGAAGUGCGUCGUGUUUCCGUGUCAUUAUCUUCGAUUAUUCUUUAAGAUCGAACGCGAGAAGAAGCAAGCGAGACAGCAAAAGCUGCUGGUAGCUUCCCAAGAUUUCGAUGGCCGUACCGAUGUAAAUGAAAAGGACAGCGAGAAUGGAACUCUCCUGCCAAAUAAUACCGCGGUGACGAUUAUACCCGCGAAUGCGGAUUCUCCUCUCACAUAAAUGAUACGAGAAGUUGAUCUGUCGUAGACGAGAUAAUUCGAACGGAGGAGGAUGGUUUGCCGCGUACGAGUUCAAUCGUGCGAAGAAGUGACUCGCAUUUGCCGAAUGUUUGUGCGAAACAGUGUUUCUUUCCAGAUUGAACUUUCAUCUCCUCACUUUGUGUGCCCAUCCUCAAGACGUUCUCUCUUAAGGAAGCGCGAUAAUCCCUUUAUCGUGAUCCUAAACAGAACCGAGGAAUCAAGAAGUAGUGAGUUAUAAAGAAGAUACCUUGACUAGUGAUACGCGCAGAAAAAACGGUCGGAAGGCUGUGAAAUGAACAAUGUAUUUGCAGUAAGACUCCGUAUGACCAUUAUCAAGAGCAAAUUUUGCAAUGCAAUAUAGUAAUAUACGAUGUGCAAAUGCCAUUGGAACGACGAAAAUUAGAAUCUUGAAAGUAGAAUUAAAUGCCGUGCAUUUCAUCUUCAAAGAUCGUUCGUAUAGUUAACUAUACCCAAGGAAAAACUAAUGUGCAAUAUAUAUAUAAUAUAUAUAUAAAGAAAAACUAUUUAUGUAUUUAUUUAAAAGUGUUGUGCAUAAAGAGAUUGAUCCAUAUAGAUACUUAUUAAAUAAAUCAAGUAUUAAUGUUAAU